CGUGUUUCGGAUCAUAUAACUUGUUGUUCAAGAAGUGAACCAACCUCUAUGACAAACUUGUAAAAGCAUCCCAGUUUCUUCGAUUUUGUCCGAUCAAUCAGAGCUGGGUGUACAGAUCGAAGAAGAAGAAGAAGAAGAAGAUGUUUCUCACUAGGACGGAGUAUGACAGAGGAGUCAACACUUUUUCUCCUGAAGGCAGGUUAUUCCAAGUCGAGUAUGCCAUUGAAGCUAUUAAGCUGGGUUCUACCGCAAUUGGAGUCAAGACAAAAGAGGGAGUUGUGCUUGCUGUCGAGAAGCGUAUCACCUCCCCUUUGCUGGAGCCGAGCAGUGUGGAGAAGAUUAUGGAAAUUGAUGACCAUAUUGGCUGUGCCAUGAGCGGCUUAAUUGCUGAUGCCCGCACACUUGUUGAGCAUGCAAGAGUUGAGACUCAAAACCACAGAUUCUCGUAUGGCGAGCCAAUGACUGUAGAGUCCACUACCCAAGCGCUGUGUGAUCUCGCUUUACGGUUUGGUGAAGGAGAUGAAGAAUCAAUGUCUCGGCCGUUUGGAGUCUCCCUUCUCAUUGCUGGUCAUGAUGAAAAUGGACCGAGCUUAUACUACACGGAUCCGUCUGGAACGUUCUGGCAGUGCAAUGCAAAGGCGAUUGGUUCAGGAUCAGAAGGAGCUGAUAGCUCUCUUCAAGAGCAAUUCAACAAAGAUCUGUCACUUGAUGAAGCUGAGACGAUCGCUGUAUCUAUCCUCAAGCAAGUUAUGGAAGAAAAGGUGACUCCAAACAAUGUGGACAUUGCCAAGGUAGCUCCAGCUUACCAUCUCUACACUCCGCAGGAAGUUGAAGCAGUCAUUAGUCGUCUUUGAGGGAGACUCUCAAUACGGGUGAUGUAUCUAAUCACCUUUGCGUCUACUUCGAAUCUUGUCACCAAGUGGCUUUCUUUCACUUUGUCUGCUAGAGAAACUGAUGUUUCAUGAGACAGUUUAGUCUCUGUUGUGUAAGAGAAUCUUUCAGUACCUUUCUCGGAUUAUAAAACUUCAACUAUUAUCUCA